GACGCUGAUUUGAAACUUGCUGUUACCCUCGCUGAACUUCUACUUCUGCAACACCCGUACCGUACCAUCUAAGACCCUGAGACGUCAACCCCUCCCCCGCGUCAACGUCCAAUGCCACCUCCGUGAUAAGCCACGAUGCCCGCAACCGCGGCAGACAAUGCGUCGAUUUACUCUACGACUACGCGAUCUGGCUCGGUCAGAGGGCCUGCCUUUUCGCUAGAUACCUUCUCUAGCAAAGACUACAUAGUCAAAGACUUCAUUGAAGCACUCUCCGAUAGCGCAAUACCUGCUAGGCGCGGUUCUGGCCCCGGGAAUCAGCAAGCCGCGUUCGACCCCAAGCCUCUCAUACGAACCUUCGAACACGCCCUCUCCCGCCUCGGCUCUCUCUCUGAAGAACUCGAAUCCCACGAGAAUGAACUCUCUGGCGCCGUGCGCCGCGCCGAAUCCCAACACAACCAGAAUGUAGACUCGCUGGGGAGGAAGCUUGAACAGGCUAUAGACAACUUCCAGAGGUUGGAUAGUUCGCUGAAUGGCAGCAUAAGUGACGGAAUCGACCAGGAUGCUGGAGGAAAUGUUGCCGUGCGGAUUGGUGAAAGACUCGAAGAGCUGGACCGGCAGAGACAGAGAGCACAGGAUGCCAAAUUCCUGAUACAAUGCUGGAUGGAAGUGAGCGAAAAGGGAAACUUGUCGACUCUGGAAGACGUCAGGAGACUAGGUGGCGGGGACGGCAAAGUACGCUGUGCCCAUAUUGCACGGCAACUCUUGAAGAUCAGUAUAAGAUUGGACCCGGAAGGCACGCCUCAUCUGAACGGAAAUUCUGGUGCAAAAGGACCUAAAAAGCGGCCGGGCGCUGGCCAAAGCAGGUACCCAACGCGGGAGAUCAUCGAGAAAUUCUUGGAGAGCUUAGAAAAGGAUCUAUUGAAACAAUUCGACGAGUUUUACCGGCGCCAAAACUUUGAUGGCAUGAGGGAAUGUGCCGUGGCUCUGCGUGAUUUUAGCGACGGAGCGAGUGUCAUGGCUUUAUUCGUUAAUCAGCAUCAAUUCUUCAUUGAUCGUAGUCAGCUGAUUACUGAAGAAGUAGCUGGGGACAAUGAGACUUGGGAUCGGUUGCAAGAUCCUGAUGCGGAACCUCCUGGAGUAGAACCGAGUCUGCAGUCGUUGGUAGACGAGGUGAGAAUCGUCGUCCAGGAAGAAUCUGCUAUCAUCAAGCGUGCCUUUCCAUAUUAUGACGAAGUGCUGGUACGAUUCUUGCAGAGAGUUUUCCAACAAUCGAUACAACAACGCCUUGAAAUGGUACUUGAUAAAGCGAAUCAACUGUCUUCUCUAGCCUUUCUCCGCUCGUUACAGGCCGCGAGGAGUUAUAUUGCCGCUCUGGUAGACGACCUAAAGUCGCAUGGACUAACGGAGCACCCCGAACCUGUAUCAUCACAAGUUGCAGCUACACUAGACCAGCAACUUGAUGAUCUGUUCGUGCCCUACUUUGUAGGCUCGUCGUAUAUUGAACGAGAAAAGAAGAAUUUAGAAGAGCUUUACUCAUCUCUUCUGCUCAAGUUUACUAUUUAUCAUUCGAGGAAACGGAAGAUGCCUACAACGUAUUUCGGAUCACUUGGACAAAGAGGGCGAGAGUUGAUUUCUUCGGCAAGAGACGCAUACAUGGACCGCUUGGACUCAACCGACCUCCCACCCUCUCAAAAAGCUAUGCUGAUGCGUAUUGCCGGCCUCAAAGACACCGAUAGCGAGAAAAAGGACAUUGAAGUCACGGACGAGGAUGGCAAACUUAGCUUACCUAAUGCUAAGAGAAUGCUAAAGUGGUUAGCAGAAGGUGUAGGCAGAGGCCUCGAACUCAGUGGCGGCAACGAAACACCGAAAGAUGUCCAAGCACUGCUUACUCUGCUCCUGUCACACAUGGGCGAGCUCUAUCUCGAAACAGCUCUCGAUGCCGCCGCCGACCAUGCAGCCGCCCAAGAAUCUAUGACCAAAACUCCUCCUGACCUUACCUACCUCUCCUCCCUCCGCACCGCAAUUUCCAUCCUCCAUCUUCUCCAAACCUCAACCCAGACCGUCCUCCUCCCCCUGGCAACUCCCAACCUGACCAUCCGCCGCGAAAUCGAAAAAGCAACCACGAACAGCCUCGCCACCCUCGAAGCCAAGAUCUCCACAAUUAUCAACCGCACACUCGACGCCGCGCUAGCAUGGGUGACACGUUGCCUCGCACAGCAGAAAAAGACAGACUUCCGUCCUAAGGACGACGAUGAUGCCCUCACCUCCUUGUCUACUGAAACACCCGCCUGCAAGACUGUCACCACUUUCCUCAGCCGCGUCGCCACUCAAGCCACUGCCUCGCUCGACGGGCGCAAUCUCGGGCUGUUCCUUGCAGAGCUCGCGAAGGGCUUGAGAUCCGCGGUGCUGGAGCAUCUGCGCAAAUUCAGUGUGUCGCUUGCGGGUGGAUUGGUCGUUAGCAAAGAUAUGAAUGGGUAUGUUGAUCUAGUCAGAGGGUGGCCAACUGGGGAAGAACUGGAGCCUGGUGCGAUGGAUGUGUUGGUUGAGGUAGCGAACCUGUUUGUGAUUGGGCCCGAGGCGCUGAGGGAGAGGCUGAGGGGUGGUGGGCAUGAGGCUAUGGAGCUGAGGCAGUAUGUCAUGCGGAGAGAGGAUGUGGGGAGUGUGGGUGUGCAGGCGGUUUUGACGGCGUUGUAAGCAUGCUACGUAUCGAAUUAGACAUGUGUAGGUUGCAAGAGUUUGGGGCAUUGGCGCGGUGUUGGGAGUGGGAUGUUAUAGUGUUUACAGGAGAGACGAUGCUUCGAGGUCUUUCGAAUGAGCCGAAAUCAAACGCAUUCAACCCCACCUUCAUAGUGAGCUGAGUCUACCAGCAGAUGCUAAUUCCUCCACCGUUCUAGCGGCCAGACGCUCGCGGUUCCGCCGCACUCUCUCAAUCUCGUCUGAGUGGAUGAGUAUUCUAAUACAG